AUGGGUGAAGGUGGCAUCCCCACGGCUGCAGCAUGGGAGACGAUUACUGCCGAGUUGGAGCGGUUCACAUCCCGCACCGGCAGCUCAUUGGAGGAGUUCGCCCUGCAGCGGGCACGCAAAGUGCUGGAGCAGCUGAGGUACCAGACAACAUCAGAUCCAACAGAUGCCCGAGACUUGAAGUCCAAUCAGAAGAUCUGCUGA